AUGUCAGCACAGCCAAAUCCAGCACGGUCUGCGCCCGAUCGCCGCUCUUCGACCGCCCCGAAGCGUACCUCACUCCUACCGAAACCCUCAUCGAUUACCCUCGACGCAUCCGUCCUCGUCGCACAGCACGCCCAGUUCACUGGUACGCAGCCGAUCACCAUUGGCCCAAACUCGGUACUUCAUCCACAUAGCAAGAUCAGCAGUGCGCUCGCGCCUGUAGUUCUUGGUGAAGGAUGUGUCGUAUACGAGAGAGCGAAGAUUGGUGUGGGCAUGGGCGCCGAGUUAGAUCAUGAGAGUAGGCGGAGUAGCAUGGCUUCAGCUAGAAACAGUACAAGCGCAGGUUCAUUGAGAGGUGAGGGUACGUUUUUGGGUAAGAAUGUGGUGGUGGAGUCCAACGCCAUCGUAGAGGCUACAGAGAUUGGUGAAGGUAGUGUGGUUCAAGUAGGUGCAGUGUUAGGAAGAGGAUGUAUUAUUGGAAAGUAUUGUACCAUCUCGGCUGCCUCGGUCAUCUCUCCAUAUACACGUUUGCCUGAUUACACGGUUGUUUUCAGCGGCUCUGAGCAGCGCAUCGACAAAACGCUGCAACUACGACCUGAGAUACUGGACGCGAAAAUGGCAGUCCAUACAAAACAGCUGGACAUGUUCAGAAAGCUCAUUCCGAACAAUGUUGCGAAGUGGACAUAG